GCUGAAAGGAGGUGGGGGAUGGGGGUAAGAAGGAAAAGAAGGGAGGGGGCUGGUCAAUGCAGGAAAUUCAAAGCAGCCCAUCCCCCCCUCCUCCCUAAGUCCGCGAAGAACGUUUCUGCGCAUGCGUCCAUGCUGGCUCCCGGGCGCCUGUUUGUGUUCUUAGGAGCUGCUGAUAAAGUUGAUUGAAAGAGCGGGAGCGGGCCACGAUGACGGUGUCCGGGGCUGCUGUCGGAGGCGGCGGCCGGGCUUUCUUGUCGCUGGCGCUCGGGGUGUCUCUGCUCAAAUGCCUCCUCAUACCCGCCUAUUAUUCUACAGAUUUUGAAGUACACAGGAACUGGCUUGCCAUCACUCACAGCUUACCAGUAUCGCAAUGGUACUAUGAGGCAACUUCAGAGUGGACUUUGGAUUACCCUCCAUUUUUUGCAUGGUUUGAAUAUGCUUUGUCACAUAUUGCCAAAGUUUUUGACCCGGAGAUGCUGAAUAUACAGAACUUGAAUUAUGCCAGUCCUAGAACCGUCCUUUUCCAGAGAUUUUCUGUCAUCUUUACAGAUGUCCUCUUUAUAUAUGCAGUCUAUGAGUGCUGCAAAUGCAUAGAGGGGAAAAAAGCUGGGAAAGAACUUACAGAGAAGCCAACAUUUAUUCUUUCAGUCUUACUUCUAUGGAAUUUUGGAUUGCUAAUUGUGGACCAUAUUCACUUUCAGUACAACGGUUUUUUAUUUGGAUUAAUGCUGCUUUCAAUUGCCCGAUUAUUUCAGAAAAGGCAUUUGGAAGGAGCAUUUCUCUUUGCCAUUCUCCUGCAUUUUAAGCACAUUUACCUUUAUGUGGCCCCAGCUUAUGGCAUCUAUUUGCUGAGAUCUUACUGUUUCACCGCAGAUAAACCAGGUGGAUCUGUCAGAUGGAGCAGUUUCAGCUUUCUCCGACUAAUUGCCCUGGGUUUCAUUGUUUGCUUUGUUUCUGCCCUUUCUUUGGGUCCUUUUAUAGCCAUGAACGUUGGCAUAUGUACAAAAACAGACUCAAAUGGGGCUCCUACACUGAUGUCUCAACUCUCAAACUCGAUGAACCAACUGCCUCAAGUAAUUUCAAGGCUUUUCCCUUUCAAGAGGGGCCUCUGCCAUGCCUACUGGGCUCCAAACUUCUGGGCUUUGUACAAUGCUUUGGACAAGAUGCUCUCCAUUAUCGGCUUGAAAUGUAAUCUUCUUGAUCCCAAGAAGAUUGCCAAGGCCUCCAUGACAAGUGGUUUGGUUCAACAAUUCCAGCACGUAGUCCUGCCCUCUGUGACUCCAUUAGCAGCCCUCAUUUGCACUAUGAUAGCUAUGUUGCCCUCUGUUUUCUGUCUUUGGUUUAAACCCCAAGGACCCAGAGGCUUUCUUCGAUGUCUAAUUGUUUGUGCACUAAGCUCCUUCAUGUUUGGAUGGCAUGUUCAUGAAAAAGCAAUACUCCUAGCAAUUCUUCCAAUGAGCCUUUUGUCUGUGGGAAAGCCACAAGAUGCUGCGAUUUAUCUGCUUCUAACCACAGCCGGCCAUUAUUCCCUCUUCCCAUUGCUCUUCACGGCCCCAGAAUUCCCGAUUAAAGUGUUACUCAUGCUACUGUUCACUGUUUAUAGUUUUUCAUCGCUGAAAACUUUGUUCAGACAAGAAAAACUUCUUAAUUGGAUGGAAACCAUCUACCUCAUUGGCUUGGUGCCCCUGGAAAUCUGCUGCGAACUUGUAUUUCCUUUCACCCCCUGGAAGCUAAAGUACCCCUUCAUUCCUUUGUUCCUGACUUCAGUAUAUUGUGCAGCAGGCAUCACAUAUGCUUGGUUCAGACUGUCUGUUUCAAUGUUGCCUGGCCCUGCUGUUGGCAAGGCAAAGCUACAAUGAAUAAAGGGACUGCUUGGAUGACUUCCAGGCAAUUACCUCAUGGAAAAUUAACCAGCAUUCGAAAACGGCUGCUGGUGGCAGAAGCCAUUCAUUUCAGUGGGCCCUGUUUUGAACAUGUCUGCACUAUUCUUCCAGACUACCCACUGAUGUUUUUCAUUCACAGAGGCUUUUUUUCCUUUCUUUUUUUUAAAUUAGAAAAUACUGGUGUUGCCCACCACAACAGCCUGAUUGUCACCAUGGUGAGAAAUCACUUGCCCUUCUGAAGCUAUGAAACAGAAACCCUGCCACCCUUAAAAAUUGUCUGUUGGAGAGAUGCAGAUUGCUAUGCUGAAGAUAAAUCUUGCCCAAGAUAAAUAAUAGGUUUCAAAUCCAAGCAGCUUAGUUAUUUAUAGCCCACCAAAUAAUCUCUGUCAGGAUAGAAAACAUAAUUACAACCACACGCUGGGGGCAGAUGUAAAUAAAAUGCUACUUUAUAUUUCUACAAUAAAGUUUUUGGCUCGCUGGCA